GGCACUUGAGCUUGUUGCGAUGUCCAGGGAACACACGCCGAAAUCGUUGAAACCAGACAUCUCCGAUCUCCGAUCGUCACUGAGGCAGUUCCACUCCCCGAGGAACUAAACUGAGGCUGCCUCCAAAGUCAGAGGUUACACACAAAAUCCAAGCCCUCCCUUUCCCUCAAAAUCCAAGCACGCCCUUUGCAGCGACACCUCACCAAGACAAGACACCAAUACUGUACCAUCAUCAGCUCGCCAACAAAACCCCGCAUCGGCCUCGGAGAACAGCAGCGGCACGGGCACUCCGCUGGGUUGCCGGCCGGCCUUCCACUGACCCCGUAAGAUCACCAGCUGAAAUCUUUAUUCCUCCCCUGCUGCCCUCUCACCGUUCCGAACCGUCGGGGGCUAGCCGCGCCCAGAUCGAACGCCGCGCCGCGCGCUUCCGCUGCACACUAUAUAAACUCAUCGCCCCGGCUGAGGUUGUACUACUGGCACGUAGGAGCCGGAGCCCAUACAUCCAUCAUCCUCAGCCGGCUGAGGUUGUACACUUGUACUACUGGCCAACACGGCAGUUGCAGCAAGGGAUCGAGCAAGUGAGAUGGGGGGGGAGUCGAAGCCGGCGGCGAUGGAUGUGGAGGCGCCGUCCAAGGCCAAGUUCAGGAUCCCCGUGGACUCCGACAACAAGGCGACGGAGUUCUGGCUCUUCUCCUUCGCGCGGCCGCACAUGAGCGCGUUCCACCUGUCGUGGUUCUCCUUCUUCUGCUGCUUCGUGUCCACCUUCGCGGCGCCGCCGCUGCUGCCGCUCAUCCGGGACAAUCUGGGGCUCACGGCCAAGGACAUCGGCAACGCCGGGAUCGCGUCGGUGUCGGGCGCCGUGUUCGCGCGUCUCGCCAUGGGCACGGCCUGCGACCUGGUCGGCCCCCGCCUGGCGUCCGCGGCCAUCAUACUGCUCACCACCCCGGCGGUGUACUGCUCGGCCAUCAUCGACUCGGCGUCGUCGUUCCUGCUCGUGCGCUUCUUCACGGGCUUCUCCCUGGCCUCCUUCGUGUCCACGCAGUUCUGGAUGAGCUCCAUGUUCUCCUCGCCCAAGGUGGGUCUGGCCAACGGCGUGGCCGGGGGCUGGGGCAACCUCGGCGGCGGCGCCGUGCAGCUGAUCAUGCCGCUGGUGUUCGAGGUCGUGCGCAAGAUCGGGAGCACGCGGUUCACGGCGUGGCGCGUGGCCUUCUUCAUCCCGGGCGUCAUGCAGACGUUCUCGGCCAUCGCCGUGCUGGCGUUCGGGCAGGACAUGCCGGACGGCAACUACCACAAGCUGCACAAGACCGGGGAGAUGCACAGGGACAGCUUCCGCAACGUGCUGCGCCACGCGGUCACCAACUACCGCGCCUGGAUCCUGGCGCUCACCUACGGCUACUGCUUCGGCGUGGAGCUCGCCGUGGACAACAUCGUGGCGCAGUACUUCUACGACCGCUUCGGCGUCAACCUCCACACGGCGGGGCUCAUCGCCGCCAGCUUCGGGAUGGCCAACAUCGUCUCGCGCCCGGGCGGCGGGCUCAUGUCCGACUGGCUCUCGGCCCGGUUCGGCAUGCGCGGCAGGCUGUGGGGCCUGUGGGUCGUGCAGACCAUCGGCGGCGUCCUCUGCGUGGUGCUCGGCGUGGUGGACUACUCCUUCGGCGCGUCCGUGGCAGUCAUGAUACUCUUCUCCCUGUUCGUGCAGGCCGCGUGCGGGCUCACCUUCGGCAUCGUGCCGUUCGUGUCGCGGAGGUCGCUGGGGCUCAUCUCUGGCAUGACCGGCGGCGGGGGAAAUGUGGGCGCCGUGCUGACGCAGGUCAUCUUCUUCCACGGGUCCAGGUACAAGACGGAGACGGGGAUCAUGUACAUGGGGGUCAUGAUCAUCGCGUGCACGCUGCCCAUCACGCUCAUCUACUUCCCGCAGUGGGGCGGCAUGUUCACCGGGCCGCGGCCGGGGGCCACGGCGGAGGAGUAUUACAGCUCGGAGUGGACCGAGGAGGAGCGGAAGAAAGGGUACAACGCCGCGACAGAGCGUUUCGCGGAGAACAGCCUGCGCGAGGGAGGGCGGAGGGCCGCGUCGGGCAGCCAGUCCAAGCAUACCGUCCCCGUGGACGGAUCACCGCCGGCCGACGUGUGAAGAAAAUCCCAUAGACCAUAGUGUACGUUUCGUAUGUCUCGCGUCUAUAACGAGUCAUACGGUCGCCACGGUCGCCGGUCUGGUUACGUGCGUUGGCUUUUUUAUGUGUUGUACCUUUUGGCUUUUGGUGCUCCUUUGUCUUGUUGCUGUAAAAGGUUGUCAAAUACUCCACUUUUCUUUUCCGCAGACGUGAAAUACUUCUGUAGGUGUACGUCACUGAAAGGAAACUGUUCAUAUGGCAUCCACAUACAAAACCAUGUUUUCUUA